GGUCUUAGCAGCAAUGGCGUCCUCCAUCGCAGUGUGCAGGUUACAUAUGACGAGAAGGGUCAGGCUUGUGAAGUCCCUACAGAAAGUUGAGACGUUUCUUCAGCGAAGUAUUGGGACAGACGUUGUCGCUGCCCAACCCGAAGCACCUACGAGAGACGAAAGUGAUGAAAAGGGUGGAUGCAAGUCUUUGCACGCUCUGCAGGUGGAGAGACAAGAGCAGGCGGCGAGAUCUGUUCUCAUCAACUGCCAAUCCAGAACCAGAGAGAAAACUUUACUCAAGUAUUUAUCAAGCCAUGGAGACAUUAAGAACUACUUCUUCUAUGAAAGCGAUGACCUGUAUGCGGUAGUGGAGUUUGCCAAGCGGGAAAAUGUUGCCUCUUUACUUGAAGGAGCCAUCAUCCCCAGUGGCAGCCAUGAAUCCGCAGUGCCUUUUAAAUCAAGAUUGCUGACGCUCAGAAACCUCCACACGGCGAAGUCACCGAACCAACAGUCAGGCCAGCAGUGCCAAGUUCAAACCGCUUUUCCCAUCACUGAACUCAUAAAGAACCUGUCCAGAGAGGACAGUAUAGACCAGCAGAUAACCUCCCUAACAGAAACCUAUCAGCUUACAGAGGAGAACACUCGGCUGCGUUUCCUCGUCUGCUCCCUGCUGAACGACAUCACUGCGGCUUAUUUCCCAGAAUGCACCAUCAAACCAUUUGGCUCAUCAGUGAAUGGCUUUGGAAAGCUUGGAUGUGACCUGGACAUGUUUCUGGAUCUGGACGGCAUCAGUGGGUGGAAUGUAAAGACGCCAAAAUCAGGCCUGUUCCUGGAGUACCAGAUGAAGCAAGCCAGCUCGGCGCGGGCAGUCACCCAAAACAUCCUCUACGUCAUUGGGGAGUGUGUGGACCAGUUUGGACCUGGGUGCACGAGAGUGCUCAAGAUUCUGAAUGCCCGAAUCCCACUGGUCCGUUUCUCCCACAAGCCCUCUGGCUUUCAGUGUGACCUCACAGCCAACAACAGGGUGGCGAUGAAGAGCACAGAGCUGCUCUACCUGUACGGGGAGCUGGACCCGCGGGUGCGUGGCCUGGUGUUCACUGUGCGCUGCUGGGCCCGAACUCAGGGCAUCACUAGCGGCAUGCCAGGGGCCUGGAUCACCAACUUCUCCCUCACUGUCAUGGUGCUAUUCUUCCUCCAGAAGAGAAGCCCUCCCAUAAUCCCCACACUGGAUCACCUCCGGGACCUCGCAGGUCCCGCAGACAAGUGCGUGAUUGAGGGGAACGACUGCACGUUUGUCAGCGAUUUCAGCAAAAUCCAGCUCCAGAGCAACACAGAGACACUAGAACAACUGCUUCGUGAGUUCUUUGAGUUCUACGGCACUUUUCAAUUCAGUAAGAUGUCCCUAAGUAUCAGAAAGGGUCAAGAGAUGAACAAGCCAGAGAUGGGCCCGCUGCACAUCGAGAACCCGUUCGAAACCUCUCUGAACGUCAGCAAGAACGUCAACACCAGUCAGUUAGACCGCUUCGUGGCUUUGUGUCAGGAGAGCUCCUGGCUGCUCCAGCAGAGUGAAACCAACAAACCCAAAGUUAACGAGGAUUCUUACAACGUCCUACCUUGGGGACUUGCUACCCUCCUUCUGCCCUCACAAGUUGCAACGAUCAACACUCGCAAGAAAAAGAGACGGGAGCCAGCCAGUGCGAGGAUCAAGAGUUUGCUGGAAUCCCUAAAGAAUAAAAAUGAGCCAAAGAUGAGCGAAGGACUCUAGAAAAUCUCAGAAACAAUCUUCAUUCUCUUAUUAGUAUUUUAACCCAUGCAUCGAUGGCAGCCUUUUGGUGUGACUGUCCAGUCCCUCACCUUAAAGGUGAGAACAGAGCAGAGGCAGCAUCUGCAGAGACUGGCCUGCAGUGCCAAACAUGGACACUGGAGGGUGUGACUGAGGCCUGUUUGUGCAUGUCUGGGACCUGAAAUAAGGGAGUGAUGACUGUGUACUUUGCUGUGACUGUAACCCACUCUGUUGUAAUUAAAGGGAGUACUGUGGAAAUAAGUCCUUCCAGAUGCUUAUUUAGCAGUUAAGACUGUAUUUUCACAGGUUGAUUUGAUUUGAAAUCUGUGUUAUUAGAUGUUAUCAGCACAGUACACACACAUCAUGUGUUUGCACUUAAAACAAAAUCAUUAUGGAUAUAUUUUGAUCAUAUUCAUGAUAAAAUAUAGGUGGAAUAAUCAAGAUUUUACUAAAAAGUGUAUACGCUUCUUAUGCCCAUUAUCAAGAUUAACGAUAGGCAGCUAAAGGGUGGCAGAAAACUACACAACAGUAGUUUAAAAGGAGCAUAGAGAGGAUUUAUACAACAUCCUAUUCAUGUGUUGUUAAAUUAAAUUCAGAGUUUGAAAACAGUUUCCCGAAGCAAGAUUUCCCAUUUUGUUCAUGCUGAUGAGAUGGAGGUGUCUCUGUGUAUCCAGUGGAGUGAAGGAGUGGUGCAGGUAGUUUGUGUGUAAAAUCGUAUUGGAAGAAUGAGUAGAGUUUGUUUUACUUGAAAAGACUUGUAGCUAAAGCCUCAAUCACAUUAAAAUUAUGACCACUAUUAUAA